AUGUUGGCAAGAACAAGACUGGCUCCAAUAAAGACAACCACCAUCCCCAGACUGGAAUUGUCAGCAGCAGUCCUGGCAGCCACAUCAGAUGCAAAAUUGCGGAAGGAGCUCUCUUUGCCUAUUGAUGACUCCGUGUUCUGGACUGAUAGUACUAUUGUUCUGCAGUACAUCAAAAACACCUCCCGUCGAUUCCACACAUUCGUUGCGAAUCGAGUGGGGAUUAUACACAAAAAUUCAUCUCCCCAACAGUGGAGACAUGUAAGAUCAGAGCUCAACACAGCUGAUCCUGCUUCCAGAGAACUUCCUGGGAUUUCAAAUGAUGAUCCUGAAGUUAAGAAUAUGACAAUAUCAUUUGCAGCUGGCGCAAUUAAAGUCGCACCUGUGGACCCACUGUUUGAGCGAUAUUCCUCGUGGUAUAAGCUGCAGCGAAUUGUAGCAUGGCUACGUAGAUUCUGUUCAGCAUGCAGAAAAAAGUGUUCACACCAGGACUCUAACCUCAGCGUUAUGGAGAUCCAAGCGGCGAGGAUGGUUAUCAUCAGACAAGUGCAAACGACCUGCUUUGCUGAAGAGUUGGACAUAUUGAAGAGAAGAAAAAAUUUGAAGGCAAGCCGCCUUUAUCGUUUGGAACCCCACUUGGAUGACCAGGGCAUGUUACGUGUAGGUGGACGGAGAGUUGAUGAAUAUAUCGACCAGAAUUCUAAAAGGCCACUGAUCUUACCAAAGGAUCAUCCUGUAACCGCCUUAAUAGUUCAAGACAUUCAUGUGUUCCAUGCGAGGCACUCUGGCAGAGAACACACCUUAGCAGAAUUACGGAGGAAAUAUUGGAUAGUGGCGGGUAGGCCUUUAGUCGACCGAAUACUACGUAACUGUUUCACCUGCCGGAGAGUAAAUAGCAAACCCCUGACUCAGAGCACCAGGGCUGUCCAUAUUGAACCCUUGAAGUCUCUAGAUGCUAGCACCUUUCUCAACGCACUUAUGUGCUUUAUAGCCCGUAGAGGAACCCCUAUGAAGAUCUACUCUGAUAGAGGAACAAACUUCUUGAGGGCUGAAAAGGAGCUCCGAGCAACAGUUCAUGCCUGGUCUAAGAACAAAUCCAUUGAUGACACAUGCAUGCAGAGAAUAGAUGAUGAUCGACUACGAACCUUAUUUUGUGAAGUAGAAGCCACAAUGAACAGCCGCCCUAUUACCGCGAUCCCGGGCGAUGUCACAGAACCAGAAGCUUUGACCCCUAACCAUGCCCUGAGGAUGAGUGUAGGAGAUGGUAUCCAGGUGCAGACAGAUGACAAUGCUUCACUUGACAACACAUAUGGGCGAGCCUGGAUCCAUGCACAAGUCCUAGCAGAUAGGAAUCAGUGGAGGCUAGGGAGGGUGACGGAGGCUAUAGCCGGUGAAGAUGGCCUCGUGAGAAAGGCAAAAGUCCGGACUAGUUCUGGAGUCCUCGUCAGACCCAUAGUGAAGUUAUGCCUCUUAGAAGCAUCAUUAUCCUAA